CGCACAUGCCUGGUGCAUUCAUUAGGGGGGAUGUGUCCGUGCAGCGUACACGUCGACCUGCAUCCACGCCACCCUCUCUCUCUCUCGGCGCCACCCCUGGCCUCAGUCGCGCUUCGCGGCCAACUUGGUACACACGCCACUUUGUUGUUUCUCCCUCUCGGAGUUUCGUCCGCAUUUGUACGUCUUCGGCGUCGCGUCGCGAGAUAAUCGUGCUACGCGAGAAUAUUUCGUUCCGAUCUUGCCGUAGAUCGUCGAUUCAACGAGAAAAAGUAAUCACCGACGGUCGUUAUUAACAUCACUCUCUCUGAUUACGCCGUCUGUGUUUCUCGUUUUUUACAUAUCGAGACUUCCUUUCCUGCCUUGCUUCUUCGUUCGUUCGAUUUGACGCGUUUGCGAUCAUGAAUGACGAACGUUUCAUGAGUUGAAGAUACCGUAUAAUAUCUACUCGGUGUCGAACGAUUAUUACGAGUGCGUUCUUUCCGUUGGUAACUAUCGUGUGCGCGAAUGUACUGUCCAUGAAGAAGGCAGAGAUCGCAGUUCCAUCGUGAAACGCAAAAGAAGCUGCCUGCUGAUCGUUCCUUCCAUGAAUGUGAAGAGGAUCGUCUUCGUUCGUCAUCAGGAAGGAUUGUCCCCGUAAGAUCGUCGCGGAAGAUCUUCACGUAGGAGGAUCAAAAGGGAUCCUUCCUCUGAAUCUGCAUGGUGCGGCUACACGCCAGGCCGAUAGGAUUUCAUGUUCACGAAUUUCAGUAAACCAGGUAACGAUGCGCCUAAUCCGCCUUCACGGUAUCGGCGCGUCGAUUUUCAGAUUUUCCUUCGCGCGACACCCUCGCGUCGUUAGCUCUAUCGCGAGAAUACGUUCAAUUUGCGCGCUCGGCUUUCCUCUGGCUGCACGCGGUGGUUCGCUUAGAGGGGAGGCCAGCUGCGGAUUCGCGCCUAUUCCGUGGCCCGCAAACAACCUACCAGAACCGGACCCAUCGAUCGCGAGAUCUAGAGGCAUGCGUCGCGUGUUCCUCUCUCUCUCACUUUGUCAAUCUCCCUUCGAGAGACUAAGACGCAACCCACGUCGAGGCAAAAACGUUCAACUACCACCGAUCAAAUACGACGUUGAUAUUUCUUGUCGCACGACCGUUUAAACGCAUUUGUUUGGCCAGUUUUUAUCGACGCGCGAGCCUCGCUCGUUCGUUGAUCCGCUGUUUUGACAGUUCGUUUUCUAUUUUUACGCGAGUCGAUAAUCGGAUAGGAAAAUAAGGGAAAUGGUUGUUCGCCGUUCAACGUAGAAAAUAUGCGGGAUGUAUCGAAACCGAGGGAUCAGAAUCCCUUGUUAAAUUCCCUAACUGGUCGGAAAACUGUAUACUUUAGCGGAUUUCGAUAAUAUGCUCAGUAAACUAGACUGUAUUUAUUGGUUUACCGUCCGAUUGAAACAUAAACUCGCUCAGCGCGGACAAAAAUACGCGGUAACGCGAUUGUCGAUUCUCGAAAAUAUAUUCGCCAACGAACGCGUGCGUGGCCUAUUUCGUGACCAUCGUAUCGUUUCCAUUGUUUCGCGAACAGUAAAACCAGGCGAAAGAUGUUCCUUCACGCUGUAGAUGAGAACAAGGAAAAUUUACGAGCGAUGGAAUUUCAAUAAGCAAAACGAAUAUGAAAGUUAAAACGCGCGAAGACUGACUUUUGCUCAAUAAAAUGAUAAAAAAUCUAUUUUUUUAAAUACGUAGCUUUAUAGUAGCAAAUAAAGGAAAUCCAAAAUUGUACGUAAGAUAAAUUAGCAAUAUAGUACCUAUCGUAUUUCAUGUCGGAAAAAUUACAUUUCAUCUGAAACGAAGAAACGUUGUUUCUCAGUUUCUAGGUGAUUCAAUUUAAGCUUUGUAAUUAGCCGAAGUGAGCGACGAAUAAAUACGCAACUAUGCAAUUACUCAUUAUGUAGCUUACAUCUAAAAUUGCAAUUUACCUAGUUGCGUAAGGUAAUAGAUAUUAAAUUUCGCAAUUUUUCAUAGGAGACAGCGGUAGAAAGGAAAAGAGAGAGGGAAUAAAGAAACUCAUUUCUUCCUCGAAUCAGAAUUCGAAAUACGUGAAAUGAUAUUUCUGAAUCGGUAACGUUCUUCGGCCCGUACAAACGAAACAUUCCUUAAGAUAUAAUUUAAAAGCGACGUCCUACGGGCACGUGUUUUUACGAAAGUUUGUCAUGCAAUUUUCCUAGAAAUAUACUGGUCGUUUCACGAUCGAAGAAUAGGAUUUAAGAGAAAUAAAACCGAGCGAAGAAUUUUGUGCGCUAAGAUUCGAAAUGAAAAAGACGAGCCGUAUGUAGCUACGUUAGAAUUUUCUCGGGAUUAUUUGCGCAAUGUUUCUCCGGUAACGUUCUUUCCUUAUGCAAAUACAGAAUGCCCUCCUUACAUCGUGCACUUCGGUGGACAAAUAUUACAGUAACGGUAUAUCAAGAUUAAUUUUUAAUCCGUCGCGAUGAGCGGUGAGAAACGAACCAUAUUUUAUCAUGCGCGCAUGUAGUUUCUCCGUGCAUCGAGUUACCUACGCGUUGAGUAAGAGAAAAAUAAGAUAAAAAUAGAAUUAACAAAAAAAAAAAGAGAGAAAAAGUCAAGAAAAAAAAGUAUCAUGAACAUAUUACGCGUUUCACAAACCGAUGAACAGUUAUCGUUCAUUUUCUAUAGUUUGAUGCAGCAGACGAUGCUUCUGUUAAAACGAACUGGUCGAAAGUUCGAGUAUAAUAAACGCCAAACAACGCGUUUACACUCUACCCUUCUAGAAAAGACGACGAGAAGGAACAGAAAGCAAAUUCUCUUUUUUACCGUAGGUCUCUUGAACGUAUCGUGACGUCGUCCAAGAUGACGCAUCGAUAUCGAUCGAAUCCUUCGAUCGCAGAAAAUCGAAGGAGUAUGUAUUGCACGAGAAAGAGAGAGAAAGAGAGAGAGAGAGAGCGCGAGACAGAGAGGAAAAUUAAUUUGCGGCAUAACCACGACUUUCAAUUGUCUUGUAUUCGCGGCAAUACUUGUGCAACGCGUAAGAACGUUUAAUAUAGGCCCCGAAGUUUCUGCGGCAAAACGUCUCGAUCUUUUCAAAAUUACACGUUUAAAGCGUGCUAUUUCUUCUCCUUCUAAGCUACACCGCCGCACUGUCGCUAAGAAAACGUAGGACCGAGCGCAGCAGCGUGCGUCUUUUAUCGGGACAGCGUAUUUUAUGCGAACUUUCUUACCACUGCAUUAAACUUUACUGCACUAUCGUGAAUCCGUUGCGUUUUGUUCGAGCGUGAAUUAUGUAUACCAUCGUAUACGAUACUCUUUUCAUUGCGAAUUUUAGUCCGAACGAUCGGACCAAGUACCGAACAAAAAUCGAAGAUACUUGAAGAGCGAUCGUGCACGUACAUGUGUCGAUCCAUUAAUUAUUCAUCGCGACAAAGAGAAGAAAAGAUAAUUAGAAGUUUUAUCGCGAAAUGCCGCGCUAAUAGUCUGUGUUGGGUAAUUUACGAGGAAUCGGCGCGCGCGCAGUUAACGCGCGAACAUGCGCGCAGCGCGAGAAGAUCGCGCAAGCCGCGUGGCACCGCUGCAUUUCCGGUAUGCACCGCGCGAAGAUCGUCCCUGAAGAUCUGCCAGCCGCACGGAAGACAGAAACAUGUCUUUUUUUUUUUUUGCCGCGCGACUUCUCAACGCGCUAGGGCGAAAUACAGCGACGUAUUCAGCCACAAUACGUCACGAUAUACCUGCUUCCACUUGUUUUCCUCGUGGAACAAUCAAGGCCAUCGCGAGAUAAUUAUGCAGAUAACGGUGAUGCUCGCCGAUAUCCCAGCUGUAGGAGGAUCUACAGGGUUGGGAUUGGAGAUAGACAAGAUGGACCAACAGUAUUGCCUACGGUGGAACAAUCAUCCAGCCAACCUCACAGACGUUCUCAGCUCCUUGCUUGCCAGAGAGGCACUCUGCGACGUUACCCUGGCGUGUGUUGGAGAGACAUUCAAGGCACACCAGACGAUACUCUCUGCAUGCAGUCCAUAUUUCGAGAGCAUUUUCCUCCAGAAUACCCAUCCCCAUCCAAUUAUAUUCCUGAAGGAUGUCAAUGAAACGGAAAUGAAGGCGUUGCUGCACUUUAUGUAUAAGGGAGAAGUUAACGUUAGUCAGCAUCUGCUACCGAUGUUCCUUAAAACAGCUGAGGCAUUACAGAUUAGAGGCCUCACUGAUAAUAGUGUAAAUAACAAGGCAGAAGAGAAAAGUCCAUCUCCGGAACCAGAAACACCAUCUGGUGUUAGGCAUACUGAAUCGCCUAACCUUCAGCCUCUUCCUGAAAAGAGGAAACGAAAGGCCUCGGGCAGCUAUGAUGUUUCCCUUAGUGGUCCACCCAGUGAACGGUUCAUGUCAGAUUCUCAGGCAUCGUCACAAUGUAGUUACAAAUCAAGCCCUCCCGUGAUUCCAAAGUUAAAUAAUGCCAUGGGAGGUGAUAUGGAAGAUGGUGGUCGACCUAUGUCUCCUGCAUCACAGCCACAACCUUCGAUCAAGCAAGAGUUAGAUCAUCAUUUGCCAGACUUCCAUGACAACAUUUCCCUCCCAGGUCAUCCAGUUGGACUGCUAGGAGAAGAAGGAGGAGCAACAACAGGCACGUUAAGCGAUGGUGUGUCAACGAUUGAAUCGUCUGAACACCAUAAUCCCCCAGAAAUGCUCGACGGACUCGAUGGUAUGGUGCCCAACGUGCCGGUCGGUCUUUCUUAUCACGAGAUGUUCGCCGUGUCGCUCGGCUCGCCGGCGCUGUGGAGAUGUCGAGCCUGCGGCAAACAGGUGACCAACCGUUGGCACCACUUCCACAUACACACCGCCCAAAGGUCCUUGUGCCCGUAUUGCCCGGCUACAUACAGCAGGAUCGACACCCUCCGCUCGCACAUACGCACCAAGCACAGGGAGAUAGUGUUCGCCAAAGGGUCCUUAUAGAGGACGCUGAUUGCCCCGCGAAGGAAGAGGCCACCGCCACUUCCGCCUCCUCGUCUCUUCGACGACAGGCCCAUCGCGCCUUUCUUCGGAUUCGGGCUGCCCUGACCGAGCAUUGACGCUCGAUUUUUGAACCCUUAUCUGCGCGGAGAACGCAUACAGCACUUUUAAACCAGACCUUCGACCGAUCUUUUACCAUUUUUUGUCUCUUCGGUUUCCCUCGAAGAGAAUCGAAAUGUCGUUCGUUUGGGAAAAUUCGUGGUUCGUUCUAGUACGAUUGCUUUGAUAUUUUCCACGUCUGACUUUUACUUUUACCCAUGUAAUUCGAGUAUUAUUGUCGUUGAGUGUCGGUAAUGGCACCUUGACGGGUUCUUGGAGUUCUGAAGGCUUCGAAGCGAAGUACGAGUUUUCGAGUAUAAACACGACGAUAGUGGCACGAGGUAUAUAUAUAUUUCGAAGUUAUGGAGAAAGGGGAAGAUUUUCACGCGAGGAUGAGUGGCAAUGCUAUUCGGAGGAUUCUCGCGUUUCAAGACCACGAGAUGGAGAGUUCGAGAGUCGGUUCGAGGAGGCUUGAAAUGGUAGAAUCGUCAAGCGGAUGGCUAUGCAACGAUAUUCGACUACCAAAUUCCUGCUAUUACACUUUAGUAUUUAAUUCGUUCGUCGCGUGUGCAAAUAUUAUCAGUGAUGGGACGAGGUACAUACUUGUAGUAAAUGUUGGAAGAAUUUAUUGGAACGCGUGUGGUUUGGAAAUUUAGAGAUCGAGUGGAAAUUGAUCGUGAACUUGAUGGUGCAUUUAUACCGAGAUAUCGAUUUAUCUGUAAAUAGAGUCGCAUAUAGGAGCUUCGCGAAAAAGUCAACGUUAAAAAGGUAUCGUGAUUUUAACUUAGAAAACAGAAAUUGAAUUGCAAAGUGAAAUGUAUUUAGUUGGAACGCCAUUUUCAACAAACUUAAAGCGUUAAAUUAAACUUAUUCGUUUCGUCUCAUCGCUGGUUUCUACCGUUUAGAAUUUCCUUCGAGGCACUUCAGCAACUCAAAGCUCCAAAAAUGUUCAAGAAGCCUCGGGUGUUUAAAGAUAAUUUUAAUCGAUUUCAAGCUCUUGGCAAGCUCGCGAAAGUUUCUCGAAUACUCGAAUUGAUCAAAGCUUCUAUAAAGACGAGUGAUUCAAGAUCUCAAAUUUUCACAAACAGAAAACAGCAUAGUCGAGUGUCUGGACAUCUCGAACCAGUUUUCCUUCGAGAUAUUUAGGUUCACGUUGGGGACAGUUUCUUACGAAAAAGCAUAAAGAAGGACGCAGUUCGCGGGGUAAAUUCAUGCAACGAAUGAUUUCUAAUAGGUAUGUUGAACGUUUUGUCGACUUCUCACUGCGACGUCUCUCCGAUCGUCGGCGUGAUCGCGUAUAACCGAAGAGGAGGCUCAACUUGGACGAAGAACGAUCAAACCAAGAGAAACCAAAAAUAAAAAAAAAAAAAUAAAAAAAGAAGCGGAAUAACCGGAAGGAAGAAGAAAGAAGAAAAUACAUUGAUGGAAGCUGGCACGGAGUCCGAAUUUUUGCGAGGACAAUCGAUCGAUGAUAGCGUUUCGAAUGGUCUCCUCUGGGACAAAACGGUGCGGUGUUAUUCUCGUUUCUUGAGUGGUAUCGAUUGUACCUCUUCGCGUGUAGACGAUCGUACAAAUCGGGAGACACCGAAACUCGCUAGGAUUCGUGUAAAUAGUAAACGAAGUUUCUGUAGACUGGCUCGUUUGGACUGGACGGUGGUCGCGCGUGGAUCGAUCGAUCGUCGAUCGAUCACUUCUGUUUCCCCACCGUUUUUGAUUCUCUUAGUCGCGUUCGAUCCUCCUUCUCUUCGCUCUUCAACUUCUGCGUCGAUACCCCUAACUUUGGAACGUUCAUCGUACCGUACGAUCGUUCGAAAACGGAACGAAAGAUCGACAAACGAAGGAUCUACGAGACAUUUAGAUGUACGAGAGAUCAACGAUUUCGAUGGAGAGUGUCUGUAAAAAGAAAAAAAGAAAAACAAAAGAAACAAGAAGAGAGAAUAAAGUAGAAGAGAAAGAGGAUAGAUGUGACGAACGAAUGUCCAACGAGCUUGAAAAUUAAACGGUCUAAUUCUUUACGCAAUGGAAGGCUGAAACGCGUGCUGUGAUUAAUGAACACCGAAAACUCAAAGGGUACUACGAAUUAUGAUUGCGGUCCGUUUAAUCGCCGUUACGUGUAUCUUAAUGUUGUUCGUUUCGUUUUGAGCUGGCAGGAGACAGCUCGAUUCUACAAUCAAACGACAGAAGCAAAUUUACAAGCGAGAGAAGGGAGAAGAUAUCUCUUCUCGAGUGUUGUUAGGUGUCGACAGUAUUCGCGUACGUGUGUGCGAUGUCCCUGAGCAACAAUACGGAGCUGUACAUAAUUUGGAGAGGAACGGGUGUAUAUUCGAGGUGAUAUCCUGUUCGGAUUUCUUCUCGUCAAACUCUAGAAAAUAUGGAUUUUGACGAGGAUUCUUAUACUUGCUCUCGAAUCGACCUCGUUGUCCUCUCCGUCGAUACGUGUAAUUACAUUUCUCUUUGGACCAAUACUCUUCGUCUAUUAAAGUAAUCGUUGUCGAGGCUCGUUAAAGUACCUAAAAACGAAGAAAAACAAACACAAGUACACACAAGUCUCUCGUCGGUGUAAGGAUCUUCGAGCGUGUGGUUCCUAAGUUAACUCGUAGAGGGUCGAGUGAAGCUCGAGUCAAGUCAGCGUGGAAACUUAUGUGAUACCGUAUUAAGGGCCGAUAAGUUAAGCUUUUACUUUUGCGUGUUGCGUGUUGCGAUGUGGCAGAGAAAACGUGUUUCUACGAAGCGCGCGGAACGGAAACGUCGAUGAUGUUUCAAGUGGCAGUCGAAGCGGAAGCCACGUACGUCACCGCGUAUACUUAGCUCCUUUUGUUUUUAUGUAUGAUACAGUAGAACUCUAUUUAUUAAUUAAUUAAACGAAAUUUUACAUCUAAUUAAUUCUCUAAACCGAUUAUUAAUCAAUUAAAUUAAAUCGUUUCGAUUGAUCUUCUAUGAACUUUGAACGACGAAGGCUGGAUCGAUUUUGUUAUAUUUAUAUACGUUAUUAUCGUAUCGAAUUACAAAAAUUAUUUGCACAUAUUUUUAUUCUCUAACGAGGUAUCGAUUUUUACAGUCGCAUGAAAGUACUACAAUUAAUAGUAUCGAUCUUUCUUCGUCGUAUGAAAAUACUAUUAAUAAAUAAUACUUGGUCCUAAUUAAUUAGUACGUAAAUGCUAUAAUAAAAAAUGUGCAAAUAAUUUUUGUAGUCAUUGUAUAACGCACAUGUAUUUCAUAAGUGUCAUAACUCGGAAUAAUUGUGUCCUGUAUUAGGAGAAUGUCAAAACCGUCAAAGAGGAAAUUCAGAGGCUAACAGUGGAACAUUACAAACGUAACAUUUGACUAUUAUCUCGUAGAAUCUAUUUUCUUUUUUUGCAACGUUAUAUGUCUACCAUAUCAUUCUUUUAAUAAUUCAUAGAGCCAUGUCACUUUUGAAAUACUAAAAGUUCUUACAAAGAAAAUUUAUUUAUUUAGAAUUACGUCAGGGGGGGGGGAGAAUCAAGAGAAUUUCUCCUACGUACGAGCCAUUCAGAAGUUACGUCGAUCAACUACAUAAAUAGGAAAGUAGAGAAAUUACGAACUUUAUUCUGAAAAAUUUCCAUGGAAAUCCAUUUACGUUAUUUCUUUGAUAAACAGAUUUAUGAAAGUAAACAACCUGUUCCUGAGAAAGAUCCUGGCUAACGAAAUUCUGGAACGUACAGUUGAUCGGUUUCGCCUCUAGACAGCUCGUAUAACGAACUAUUUCUUCGUUGACGGACUUAGAUAAAUGGAAUUCCACUGUACGGAGAUUCUCUCGUCAUAUUUAUUCUCAAAUUUAGCUCCGUUGUGAAGGUGAAAUAUAACUACCCUCGAGAAAACUAUUCUGGAAUCAUCCGAGUGAUUAGUAUACACGUUGUCGCGUGGUUACUUCCGCUUCCGAGACCGCGAUUAGCGCUCGAUUCGGAGUUCCUCGUUUCGACGACGUGGCCAACUGAUCGAAAUCGUUCCGCCCUGUGCUUUACGAUCACUAUAAAUGCAAAAUAAAAGAAAAAAAAAGAAAAAAAUAGAAUGUGAUCGAGACGAGCUGUCAUCGCAAUGACAAAAAUAGAAGGUUGUGACGUUCGUUGGAUGGACGCGGUAUCGUCGAGUGGAACUCGUGCACACGACCAAAAUGGAAGUAGAGUAUACAUGCAUACGGUACACGUACACUGAGACAGAAAGGCGUACACAUAGAACAGUACACGAACACACAUUAACUAUAACGUAUAAAUAUAAAUAUGGAACUAUAUAUAGAUAGGUAGAUAGAUAUAUACGUGUACACAACCACGUGUCGGCGGCCUGGCGUGUCUGAAAUCGCGAGUUCGAGAAAAGACAGUGUUUGACUGCCCCGGAUUUAUCGACCGUUCCUCGAUCGAUACCACGAAGAAAGGUGUCGAGAAGCAAAUAUCCCUGUUUCGUCCCACGACUACCGUAGACAACGGAGUAACUGAAGAACCGAGUUUCAACGCUCCAACAACUAGGUAAAGUUUCAACAAUUUCCAGAUGCAUUACGUUUAUAUCCUUUGAGAUUACACGUCGAUGGAUUUUUCUAUCGAUUCGUUUUCUUUUUUUAUUUCUUGCGUAUUACACGCGAUAUUAUAUUUCUUCCUCCUUAAAGUUGAAUAAUUAUUGAUAUCGAUACACGUGUAAAUUAUUCUGACUCUUGAAAUUAUAAAGCCACGUGCGAUAUUCAAGAUCGCACGUACCGUGAUGUAGAUUUGAUGGUGGUUUUAAAUUGUCUUUGAUGUCGAUAUGAAUUUUUUUACAGUUUAAUUAUCGUCGAUAUUGACAUUGAUUUGUAAAUAAUUUUUUUACGAAAGUAAUUCGUAAUUAUUAUUGUUGUUAGUAAUCAACAAAAUACUAGUAAUUAAUGACCAAUUUAAAGUAACGAAGUCUAUAAGAUUUGUAGGAUUUAUAGGAUUUAUGGGAUUGAUAUAAUUGUUUCCUAAUGUUUAUAUUAUUAUUUUUCGUGCUAGUGUUGGGAUAUCAUCUGAAGAUAUGAUAUCAGCUUGAUUUGAUUUUGUAGAAAUCUUAUUUGUAUUAAUAUUUUUCAAGUUGAGAUUGCGAUAGUUAUAAAAAAAUAUUGAUACCAGUAUUCGUCAAUCAGUUUUAAUUUGAAAGAUUGCUCGUCAUUACGAAAACAUAAGACAACUUCAGCGACUUUAAAUAGAAACAAGACCUAUUUUGCGUCUUUUAACUAUUCUGUUAUAUAAUGUCCACAAAGAGCAUUGGAAGAUGGUAAGCUUGAACUUUAGAAGCACGAAUUAUUCAUUCGAAUGAAACAAAAUGUGAUUAAGAAACGUGGGUCGUAAAGUGCUUUCUCUUAAAUGAAACAUCUUCUUGUCACUUGUAAUAGAACCUAUACGAAAUGUAUUUUGAGAUAAAAUUGAUGGAUUAGCUCUGAUAAAUGCAAAAUAAAAAUGAAUAACUCAGAAUGAGGUAUAGCGUGCACUAGUUUCAUAAAAACGCAUACUUAAAUUUAUGAAAUUUGAAACAAACAAAAAAAAAACCUAUAAAUCAAAAUAACAUUUUACAAAGAAAGUAAUUUUUUGAAUCCACUUUCAUUAAUAAUCCUGCUUUAUUAUUUGUAUGUAAUUUCUGAAGCUUGGCAUCAACUUUCUGUCUAAAGUUCACAGUUUUGCUAAUAUCGACAUAGACAUCAGAUGAGGAUCAAUUUAGUUUUAGAAAGUUGUACUUGUUUUGAACUAGAAAUUGAUAGAUUGGUUCGAGUUCGAUCCCUUGGAAGUUUCAAAAUUUCAAGACCACGAUGUCUUUCUGUAAACACUUCUUAAUUAAAAAUUGAUAAGAUGAUGAUCGAUGAUACUGGUAUUAUCACGUUUGAAGUGCAAACUGAUUUUAGAACAUGAACUUUUACAUAUUUUCGAAUUAGAUCCCAAUAGAUCGGCCCGUCUCACUUUCUCAAAGUCGGUCUUCCUUCAAAAGUCAACGUUUUAUUAAAGUUUUACACGUUACCUUUUACUACGAGGUAAUAAAAUAGCAAUUUAAAGUUUCGUAGUUUCUGCCACCUUCAUUUCGCCACGUGUAUCGCAAUUUUACGAUAUUUUUAUAUUUAUUAUGCUUUAUAAUGGAAAAUACGUGCAAUGACGAUAAUCUACGUUUGAAUUCUUCAAGUUUAAUCUCAUUACGUCGUAUACUUUUAUACUUUCUUUUCUGAAUUCGUAGCUGCCACACCGAAGAUGAUGGAUAGCGACAUUAAAUAUUCUCACGAAGUAUAAUGACAUCAGCUUUAGGACGCUUCUACAUUUUUUCUUAAAUUUAGAAUUAGUAAAAGCUUCGCAUUUUCAAGUAGACUCAUCUUUUCUAUCGACAUCUCGAUAAGAAAAGUGACGUUUAUCAGAGAGUACCGUAACAAACAAAAUUUUUCUAAUAAAAAGUUCAGAUCUCACCGCGUGAAAUGAAUUUUACAGAGAAAGCAUCGAACAGUCAUAUCUUUUCAUAAAGUUAUAAAAUUUGUAAGUUAUAAAGUUAUUUUCGUGAUAUAAAGCUAUUUUCAUAAAGCUUCGAAAUGUAGAGUAAAUAAUAAAGAUUCGAUAUAGGUUGAGAAUGAAAUUAAACAGGAUAUAUUUUAAUAGGAACGAAGAAGAUCAACUCGCGAGUAAAAGGAAUUCCACUUUAUUACGAUUAAUUCGUCCGAGGAAAAUUCAUAAAAGUAAUUGAGCGCUAUUCCUUCCAAGGGGAGAUGUUACUUUGCCGAUCAAACAAGCCAAUUUUAGUAUUUUUUAUCAUAUUAUUAUUUAUUAUUAUCCUUUUUUUCCUUAAUAACUUUCUCGGGUAUUUGUUAUUAACAGAGUCCAAGAUGUUCGUGAUAAAAAAGUUCCUUUUAUCCUCGGAAUGCUGCUUCGUCUCUUUAUUCCGGCUACAAAUUCAUCCACCCUCAUCCUAUGUCAAGUCUUUUGCUAUUUAUUCCUGCGCCAGUCUUCCUAGACGUAAUUCAUAAUCGAACCCUUUUAUCCUCUUAAAAGUAAAGUUACCCAAUAAUUGUCAUAUUUUUAAUAAAAGAUUCAUCGUUGAAACGCGAAAGGGGAGAGCACUGAAUUUGAGUUUCGGCCCCAAUUAAACUGAGAAUUUUUCUUGACACGCGAAAUUUCCGAACAAUCAGACGCUGACAACUAAAUUAAAACUUUGUCCCAACGAUUUUUUUUUCCUGAUUUUUCCUUUUAUACCCUACUCGCGACAAAGUUGACAAUCGCCUCCCCCUCGUGGAAAAUACGUGACUCUCGUUGAUGAUCGAUUGUUUCUCGUUGUAUUGUUUUUAAAAUUCCGGCGACAAUUUUUUCGUUGGAUCUUUAAUGGGUGGAAAGCUGUUCUGAAUUAAAAAUAUUCGAAACUUGCGAAGCAAAGUUUUGCCGUACCAAAGCGAACAGAUCUACGCGAAUAGAUUUUCAAGCGAUUUCUGCUUGAUGACAUUUCUGAAACGAUUCUCUUGUCUCAAACAUAGGAAAAUUUUUUGGUGACUCUAGAAUUGCAAUUAGAAUUUCACGUUCAUCCCUGCUUCUCGAUAGCAUUUGAUCGUAUCGCCGAUUUCAAACAAGCCGUCUUCCAGAAAUGAAUUAAAUUUUGUAAAGGUUUUUAGUAAUUUUAUUGCAAGAAUACGUUGAUAAAAGAGACGGAAAUCUGUAGAUAUUAGGAUUUCUUGACUGUUUGUAUUUUUACAAAAUUAAUGAAUUGUUAUUGUUAUAAAGAACUUACUAAUUUUGUGAUAUUAUUUGUAUUAUUUAUUUUCGUUAUCAUUUGUUUCAUCACUUGCAUGAUUUUCAUUAACACGUUCAGUUUUACGUGCGAUAAUCAUCUGAUUAUCGAAAAUCACGAUAAAUAUUUAUCAAAUGUAUACUCGGAAUAGAAUCGAUUCAUUUAUAGUAUCUUCGAAUUAUGAGAAACACAUUUCUGCAAAUUUACAAAUUGCAAGAACUUAAGAAACGCACGUGUCUUUAAAGAAAUUAAAAAAUCAAAAAUAUUGUUGAAAGGUUGUGUAACAUUUUUGGAAAAAAGAAGCUGUCCUUGAGAAGAACAUUGGACAUUCAUCGGUUUUCGGACGAAUGUAACAAGAUAGAUUGGACAGUAAUUAAAUAGAAAAAUGUUGAUACGAUUUUUCUUGCACGUUAAAACGCUUGCGCCCUAAAAUUAAUAUUUAUUUUUCAUUAUCCUUUUUGUAGGAAGAACAUUGACAAAUUGGUAGCCGCGUUUCAAUAUUCAACAGAGUAUCCUUUGUGUUGCUUCAAUUUUAAAUUUCAGUUUUUCUAGCAGAGAGAUUUAAUAGUAUUGAUACCAGACGUAUUUUGAUUUUUGACUCACGUCAGGUUUCCAUCAACGCAUACACGCCAUGCACAUGACGGGAUGCUUUCAGAAAUUCACCAAUCCAGUAUUUGUAACGCAUUAUAAACGUUUUCCAUCGAUGCCGAUGCCUGCGGCAUCUAUCUAUUCACGAUAUAUUUCUACGCACACACUUAUCCUAGUAGAAACGAAUAUCAAAUAAAUCUCGUACGCGUUUUCUUUUCUUCUCUUCUUUUUUUUUUUUUUUUUACAAAAUUAAAAAUAAUUCCAGUGACACUGGUAAGAAGCUGCAGAGGCAAAAUCAAGUUUUCUAUUUACAUUAAAUUAAAUAUAUUUUCUAGUUAUCGUAUAUAACAUAUAAUUGUAUUCCCAUAGUUUAAGAAUUCAGUUUCAUUUACGCAUGUUUAUGCAUUUACGAAAAGUUGAAAUUUACGGAAUGAAUCCUAAACGUGAAACGAAGAAAGGAUCUGAGACUUAGGAAGCAUUUUUUAAAGUAUACAGGGAAUGGCAAGACGCGUAGCGGCAAUAUGAAGAAAUAAAUAAAAAAUGUAAAAUGAAACAUAUUUUCGUUUGAGCUCUCCCUUAUAAAAAAUAUAUAUAAAUAAAUAAAUAAAGAAGAAUAAAUCUCAAGCAGGCCUCUUUGAACGAAAAGGAUAUAUUCCACAUUUUUUACUUACUUCCGCAUUCGAAAUGUCCUGCCACGCCUUGGAUAUGAAAUGUUGCAUAAAUUUAUAUUUAUUCGUCGAACUUUUUUCAAUGGAAUUGUUAUGUUUCUUUUUAUUAUUGUAAAAAUGAUUCUACGUAUCAAUUUUUCAUUUUUACACGUUUCGUAUUUUCUGACAAGUCCGUGGCUCCUUCAUUUUUCAUAUAGAUAUUCAUAAAUCUAUUAAAUCGUUCAUUCGGAGACAAACGUACAAAGUUUUUAAAUGUUUUCACGGGAAACGAGGUACCGGGAUUUUAAAUUACUAAAAUUGCAGCUUCGCGUUCCGACCAUUUCUUAUGGAAAGCCUGAAUUAAAUAACGAUCGACGUUAAGCAAACAAUAAUAAAUAUUAGAAUGAGUUUUAUUCACCGUUUCAAAUGGUCAAAGAGUCGUUCGCUUGAAUAACGUUGUUGCUCCAUUAAACAUAAAACAUUUCCAAUUUCCUGUGAAUACUUUUCAAUUGUUUUCGAUGCACCUUCUUUCCUUUAAAAUAUACUUUGUUUAUACGGUAAAAUGCUCGAUAUAGAGUUUCUUUUUAAACUAGUGACAAGUAAUCGUUAAAAUAUCUAUAACUUUCGAUCAUUAACAGACAGUUCGAAAGAACAUUAAACAAACUUUAUUCAGUUUAAUAACACCAUAAAACACAAUAAAGACGAAAGUAUUCCGAAUAUUUAAAUAAUUUAAUUAAUCUUCGUAAUCUACGAAGGUUUAUGCAUUUGUGUGAAUUUUAAAUGUACAGAAAUCUGCACAACUAAAAAUAUUUCUAUUUUCCAAUAAAGCACCUUUCUCUUAGGCUCUACAUUUCAUUUCCAAACUGAUAUCUAAUUUUUGGUCGUAUGAAAGUACUACUAAGCGAUACAAAAUGUAAUAUACUUGGACCUAAUAAAUCAAUGUAUGAUAUAAUAAAUACACAAAAUAUUAAGUGUAUAUAUAUAUAUAUAUAUAUAUAUAUACACAGAACUAGUAAAAAAAUAUAGCACAUAUAUAAAAAUAAAAUACUCGCUACAGUAUUUAGAUUCCAUUUGCUGUUAGAGUAAAAACACGACUUUGCAUAAACAUUCACAGUCGAUUAAGUAAAACUGGAACAAAAUUUUAUUGAAAUAAUGUUUCAAUACAGUGUUACAAACACUCUUCUAAAACAAAAAGCUCGGUUUUCUUCAGACAAGCAACCCACCCUGAAACUUUUAGCCGGCCACCGUGGCACAAUUCAGAUCCUGCAAUACCAGAAAAUUCGUUCUCUUCCACACGGUGACGACGUUUUAAAGACUUGGAAUUCCAUUUCACCGGUGUCUCGAUCAGCUACGAGUGCUUCGUACGCUCGUUGUACACGCCAUUGACAAGGAGAUACGAAACGCAGUUUUCGGCGCGUAUGAAAGAGAGAGACACGUUCCUACGCGAUUAAACGCGGUCGUUUAAAAGAAGAGGAGGUUCGAUUUCUCGCGACAGGCCGUCGCCAUCCGACCGAAUUAUUGCUCUCGAUACCAAAUGUUCCUUAAGUUGUUUCGCGAAAAACAAAAACAGAAAAAAAAAGACAAAAAACAAAAAAUAUAAGAAGGAUGAAAAAAUCGUUUCUGUACAUAGUAACCGUGAAUUGCAAACGCAUACAACUCUCCUGAAGCACAUUGUGACACAGCGCGAGAACGAGAGAAUGCGAGAGCGAAAGAGACAGAAGGGAGAAAGAGAGAUUGGGAUUAUAACAAAUUGUGAUAACGCGAGUGAAGGACGGAAGUCGGUUUGGCACUUUUCGCAGGCAAAAUUUCGCAAAAUUUCCAUGCUUGCGUUUAGAAAUAGCACUAUGAUUGCGACAGAUGCGUGCUCUGUAGAGAUUCUUACGGCAACUUGAAAAUAUAGAAAUUUCCAGAAUGCUGAAAUACAAACAAUUAGCAGAAAAUAAAUCUCCGUUCAAGUUCUACUUGUUUUUAAUUAUGUACCUACGAAAAUAUAAAUUUCCACGAACGUCCGCAAUCUAUUUCUGAGCGUAUGCAUUUCGGUUGUCGAACGUUUUGUCAGAACGACAGUUCAUCGAACCAUGUAUCCUCUGUAAUCAUAGUCUAAUGAAUAUGAUAAGAAUAUAUCGCGAGUAAGAUCCGAUCCCUGAAGUCACGGAACCGACACGUUCUCGUCGCGACAGCUAAAGGCCGGAUUCAUUGCACCACAACUCUAUGUAAUUGUAUAAAUAUCAUCGGUAUCAAAAGUGUCAAUAUCUCGUGUUUCUUGAUGGUACUUAAGAUAAAUCCGCAGCCCACUCGGGCAGCCGCGGCUGUUUGUUGAUAUUACUUCCGGAUCCGGGGGUUGAAAGCUGCGAUUCCGCUCCUCGAGACGAUUUUUAAAAAUGAUUUCCCUGUCGACCGAGUAUUUUUCAGUCGCAUAGAUCGAUGCUACCUAGUGGUCGUCGCACAGUCUAUCUUCCAUGGAGAUUCGACCUGUUAAAAAUGAUAUUAAAAAUGUCGAUGUGUUUUUAACAGUUUUCGGAUCUGCGACUGUGUGUAGCGAUUUUUCAUGAGAAAGUGAAUCGGAAAUGCAGUGCGAGAUUUUCUCAUAGAAGAUUCAGAUUUUUGCUAAAUUGACUAUGAAUUGACUGUGAAAAUUAUUUAAAACACGCUACAAACGUUGUUCACAUCAUCGAUAUAUUUUUCAAUCUUAAUUUAACUUAAACCUUUGUUGCCAUCAGUGAAAAACAUAGCGUUCAGUAUCUUUACCAACAAAUGGCAGUAUUUUUAAUGAUAGGUUAUAGUAAUCGUAUAUUAUAAAUUAAUUUUUAAAUGAUUACUAACGUUAAUAUCAAAUUUGUCUCUUCAAGACUCGUGUUAUGAUCUUUUAUAUUGAUUUUUCUUGUAAAACCAACCUUCUCGAUCAUUAUACAUGCAUCGACUAAAGUUACGAACAAUCUAUAAAUUUCGAAAAUUGGAUAUCUCGAAAGAAAAGUUUCCUACGAGAGAACUUUACUCCAUUUCUGAUGAAUUCUUUCCGCAACUUCCAUAUCUGUAUAACAUUGUUCGGUUCGUGGCAACAAUUCCAAAGAAAACUUUGAUAAAGUCAUUUCAGAGCAGCAUCGUCGUGAACAGUUUCGGCUCCUGGUGAAAGACCGUACUUUCUCGUGGCACGUUCCUUCCUUUUUUGGCCCGACCUGCGACUCGAGCUGAAAAUCUUUUUUGUACAUAAAGUUCGUGUUUGAGAGGGAGAGAGAGAAAGAGCGAGAGAAAGGGAGAGAGAGAGAGAGAGAGAGAAAUAGAGGCUCCAUGUGGGAGCUUGCCAUGAAAGCGCUCCAUGUGGUCGCAAGUCCUGGGCCGACCUUGCGUAUAAACCGAUUGCUCGUUUAUAUGCGAUGUAUUUUUGUGAACAGUAUUGAAAGUGCUGCUAAGCUGUACAGUCGUCAUAUGGUGAAUGUAUUAUGAUGUACCUAUAAUGUACAUAGAUAUAUUUAAUUAAAGUGACUAUGAAUUUGUGUAAA